CAGAGUAGAGACACGUCAAAGGGGCGUGAAUCGUGAGUGUGAACAAGUAAAGUAGGUGGUGAAAACGAAAAAGGAUGGGCAAGGCGAUGGCUAUGGCUAUGGCGAUGAGGAGCGUGGGUACAGCCUUUAGAAUAGUAGGAAGCAGAAGCAUGAGCACCAAAGUCCCUCAUUCUCACUAUUCCAAUCGUCCCAUUCCCAAAGGGGUACUCAAAGCCAUCAGACCUUCUUCUUCUUCUUCUGAGUUCCGCAAGUUCCUCAACAUUCCCGGCACCUCUCGCUCUGAAAACGCCUUGUUGAUCUCCAAGUUCCUCAAGCUCUACACUGCCCAGAGCCCUGGGAUAAAAAAGGACAAAAUUUGGGAGGAUAACUUGAAUAAAUUAUUACAUGGGAAAGACAGAGCUGGGUUACCAGAGAUUGCUAAAUUGCUGUCUCCACAAUUCAACCAACAAGGAGGCAUGAACUCAGAGUCAAAAACUGAUGACAACAAACACCAAAGGGGCUCAAAAGCAAAAGGAAGGAAGAAGAAGUAGGACACUAUUCCAGCAUUUUCUGCAUGGACUCGAAGAGUUGAAUCUUUUGAAUGCUUAUGUUCCUAUCCAGAUUCUUGUCUAUUGCAUUUGAACAUUGGUUACAAUCCUCUUUCUUGAGCAUCUUUAUUCAAUUCCAUAAUAUUAACUAGCACAUGUUUUAUGUACACCAGUUUAUGUGUCAGAUGUAGGAUAAUCGUUUAAGGUAAUCCUGUGGAGAUGCUUAGAAUUCUUAGCCAGGUUAAGUUGAGAACUCCAAGAGCUUGGGCUAUAAAUUUUUACUUGCUGAGUUUAUGGCAUUAGAGGUUGGACCUUGAUUGAA